AUGAUGUCGAGGUGUCGCAAUCUCAGCAUAGCAUCGGCCGACGAGCUCGAGCUCUUCCGUCUCGAUGACUCCGACGCCUUCCACUCCCCGUCCCCCAGCAAGUGCGAGCAGAGCACAGACUCUGUCCCGGAGAGCUCUCCCGACGAGAGGCUGCGCUAUGCCAUGCGGCACGUUCCGCUGGGUAGCGUCCUCCGCUGCUCCAACCCCAUCGCCGCCGCCCUCUCCUUCCGCAUCGUCCAGGUCUUCUUCAUCCUCACUGGCGGGCUCGGGCUGCUGUCCGUCAUCGCCGACCUGCGAGGAGGAGUCAACAGCUUGCAAGCUCCUUCCUCAGAGAGCUUCAAGUUCCGAGUGCUGCAGACGAGAGGAGGAGGAGGCUCAAGGAGGUUCAGCGUCGACUCGUUCGGGCUCCAGCAUGAGCAGGGGUGUGUAGAAGUCAGUGCCAGCAGCAACAUGAUGCGCAUGGACGAAGUGGACGAAUCUGUGCUUUAUAUCUCGACGAGAGAACCUCUGUUCUCCGUCUGGGAUGGUCAAGACUGGGUCAAAGUUGGAUCCUCCUCCUCCAUCUCUCACUCAGGAGCCGUCACUUUCCUCGACGGCCUCCAUCCCACGUCCAUCGAGAGGCUGGAGGUCCAAGACUUCCGCAUAAAAGGUCCCCGGCUCGUCCCCAUCAUAGACGGGCUGGGGAGGCUGCUCCUGUUCGGGAUGCUCCUGCUAUCGGGGGUGGGAGGAGCGAUGGAGAAACAUUUCUUCGGGCAGACGAUCCUCAAGCUCUGCCACCCGAUGAUCGCCGUGCUCUUCCUCGCCGAAUUCUUCGUCCUCUGCUCCUCUGCAGGGAAGUGGACGACCCUCCGAGCGCUGCUCUACUUCGCCUUCCACUGCAUCCACUCGUUGCUGAUCGCCAGGAACAUGGUCUGCAACAACAUGCUCUUCGGAGGAGCCCGCCACUUCUUGUACGCCUGCUGCUUCCGCUCCUUCUCCUGCUUCGGCAGGAACUGCAGGGACUCAUACUUGGACGGCCUCGCCCUCCUCCUCCUCGGCUCAGCCCUCAAGUUCAUGAGCUGGAGGACGCAUAGGAUGGCGCAGCAGCAGAUCCAGUGCGACAAGGAGCGGUACGACGAGAUGUGGAGGUACAUGGUGGAAGACAUCCGUACGAAGAUGCAGCUGCAGAAGCUUGAGUUCCUCGUCAGAAUCAUCAAUACUGCCAAGGAUGGCACCGUCAGGAAGGACAAGGGAUCCCCAAGGAGCUGGUGGCUGGGCAAGCCUGCCAGUGCUGUCACCUCCGUCCGACAGAGAGGAAAGGACGGCAGCCCGGUCACGAGCCUCAACGCGCUGUACAGGCAGGCGGAGAAGCUGGACCCGUUCCUCAAGGACAAGACUCAGUGCUGGUCGGCUCUCUCCGGUGGCUUCCUCGUCUCCAACGGAGAGGCCGCAGAGGGGAGGCAGCAUCCUCGUUCCCCGGGCCUCGUCCGGCUGGACUCAGCAGGGGCCCAGCAGUCAGGGAUCAAGUGGGCGUCGCUGAAGCCGAUCAAUCGGGCGGUGGAGAAGAUCAUGAGGUGCUAUGGCGGUGACGUGUCGCUGCUUGUCGACAUGUGUCGUCAGACUAUCGUCUUCGACGACGUGCUCAGUCUGACCGAGUGCCUCCGCAACAUGACCAACGACAAGGAUGUGCAGUUCGUGCAGAUCAAGAACACCCUGCGGCACAACUACGACUCGAGCAGGAGCGCGGGCUACAGGCACGUCGCCCUGAAUCUCCGCAUCGACAACGAGGAGACGAGAAGGCUCGGGGUUGACCGGCACGUCUGCGAGCUCCAGCUCGUCCUCCUGCAGUUCUACGAGCUCAAGAGCGAUAAGGGACAUCGCAGGUACAUCCACUUCCGCAACACCAUGGGCGAGUGA